AUGGUUACACACGGGCUGUGCAGCACCGAUAACUCACGUGACUGGCACACACCGGGGCAGCCGGAGCCUCCGUCCCGGCCCCCGAGCACCGGCGCUUGUGCUGGCACCGGCAGUGCGCUCUCCGGGAUUCACUGCGUCUGCCCCUGCGAAGCGCAGCCAAAGGAGAAGAAAACGGGCGAAGCCGAAGGGAGCAUGCCGGGCAGCUGGCAUUCACCCCCGAGGGGAGCGAGGGCCGCCAGCCGCCGUCCGCGGCAUCGGCGCGGGGAUGCGCGGACCGGAGCACCGCAGCACCAGCCGAGCGGCUCCGCUGCCGCGGCGCUGCCGCGGGCUGCUCCGGGCGGGCCGGGGGGACCCAGCGCUGCGCCCCCCGCCCCGGGGCUGCCGCCGUGCCGCGCCCUGUCGGCUCCCGAGCGCGCUUCGCACCUGGGCCGGUGCCCGCCGGGCGGUCCCGCCGCCGCAAUCCCGCCGGCGCGGUCCGCCGCCCGCAAUGCGCGCCGCAUCCCGCCGGCGCUCCCCCGCACCCGCAGCUGCAGCCGCCCGCUCCGGCGGCGGCGGCGCCGCGCUGUGCCGCAGCUCCGCCGCCUGCCCCGGCCGCAGGAGGCUCCGCGUGAAGCGCCGGGUCCGCUCGCCGGCCAUGGGCGCCGGCAGCCCGCGCUCCGGCCGCGCUCCCGCCCGGGCCGCGGCGCCGUCAGGAAGCGGAACUGGGGUUUCCCUCCCGCUCCCCCGCGCGGGGGAGGUGUGCGGGGCGGGGGCCUCCCGCUGCCGCCGCCGGGAUCGCGGACCCUCCCCGGGGGAGCGUUCGCGCCCCCGCCCGCGCGCUGGCCAUGUGCGCGGCGGGCCCCGGGACGGCGCCGCGGGGAUGGUCCCGUGCCCGCCCCGGCUGCUCCGGGGCGGCUCCGCACCCAGAGGGAGAUGGGGGCCCCCGGGGGCAGCUGCGGGGCCGGGGCGGGAGCCCGAGAAGGGCUAGCGCAGGUACCCCUCUCUCCGUGCAUGUGGUCACCACCAAAGGAUGCUCGUUUGGUUCGACAGGGCAAGAGCUACUCUUGGUGUUAA